GUGCGGCUGUAUUGGGAGCACUAGGGCCAAUGAUCUGGGGUGUGUGGUGGAAGGGUUACGGCAUUGUCUGAGCGGGGACACACGGCAGCAGUUACCGGAGAGUCCGAAUAUCUUUGACCAGGGAUGUCCUGCCCGACAUGUGCUUACGCUGCUUCAAUUCGAUUUCACAUUAUUUCAUCUCCAACUGCUUCUGUAGGUCAGGCGGCACACGUGCCGCAGCCGUAUAACGGAAGUGUUCGGGAUUAGCGAGACUGGUUUGGGCUCCAGCCAAAUAACAACGUCACCAUGCAGGAUAGAUGGUCUAGAGUACUAGGUUGGAAGACGCAACAACGUUGGAUGCAUGACAUUUCGAGGGGCUUCGGACGGGCUCGGCGUGAGACUGCAGUGCCACUGCAUACAUCACAACGGACAUCUGGCAGACAACAGUGGGCCAGCUAUGCAUACACAAUAGCAGUGGGUAUCUUGGGCUGGGCUGGGAAUAGUGUGGCCCAGGCCUCUAGGCAGAGCAAUCAUUUUACAUACUACAAGCAAGAGUUUUCUUGCGAAGAUCCCAGCACAGCAUGUGAAUAUGACUUAUUGGGCUGUGAGGGGCAACAGAGAGAGGCUGCAACUCUCCGGUCACACCAUAACAACAGGCUAUCAAAAUUCUCGAUUCCCGGUUUUUUGCCGAAACGGCUGAGUUACAUCCAAUAUAAUCCAUCUAGGAAAUUUACGGGCGAGCAAAUAACAUCCUGGGCGGGAAAUGAGGCUGCCUCGGGGUCGACGUGGCGACAGUCUAGUCGGGGACUAGGUUGAUUGUUCCUGGUCAACUGAGCCUUGCCACGCUUGAGGUCCCAAGAUUGGAUGGAAUACGCCGGGCCAAAUUUAACCGGGAUUGAAACCCGAAAGCUG